GUGAGGCGUUAACGCAGAGGUGUUUGGAAGUCUCGAGAGAGAGAGGGAGAGAGGGUAAAACGAUGGUGGUUCUGCGUUCAGCUAGGAAAAGAGAGAUUCCUUCGACGGAGGUGUUUGGCUGGCAUGUUCCAAAGGACCUGAAUGCGAAACCCAAAAAGAAGCGCAAGUACACAUUUAAACAAGCUUGUGAUCUGGUGAUGCCAUAUGCAGCUGAUGCCAUGAGGUUCUAUAACAACGAAUCAGGUGAAAAAUAUGAAUUGGUGGAGCCUGGUGCCAUGACACCCGUGGUUCGCAGGGCGGACCUUCUUCACCAUGUUGACUUCACGGCUAAGAAGACUGAUGUUGCUGAUGCUCCAGAAGAGAUGUUUUUUGCAGAACUGGCAACUACCAACGGGGUUCGUUGCGUCAAGUUUUGCAAAUGCAUGGGGCCAAUAGACUCAAUUUCAGGAGAUAAAAACAAUGGCUGCUGUUAUUGCACGUGGUACAAUGUUCAGCAUCCUAAGGGUGGAGGAUUCUCGCGUGGCGGUCGUGGAGGAUUCCGUGAUGACAGCGGUAGUUCUUCUUCAUCCAACUCCAAAAGUUUGCCUUUGACGGAUGCGUCUAAACUUUCACUUGAUGGCUCCAAGCAUUCGACGGAUGUGUCCGACUGGCCUAAUAAACAAGUUCCUGAUGUAGCAAGGCAUUAUGUAGCUGAUGCCAUUAAUUUCUAUAACACAAUAUCACAUAAGAAAUAUGAGCUGGUGGAGCCUGGUUCCAUUACAUCUGUGCCUCUUGAGGCAUGCAUUCUUCACCAUGUCGGCUUCACGGCUAAGAAGACUGAUGUCGCUGAUGCUCCAGAGAAGAUGUUUUUUGCCGAAUUGACAACUAUCGGUGGGGUUCGUGCCAUCAACCUUUGCCAAUGCAUGGGGCGAAGAGACUCCAUUUCAGGAGAUAAAAACAAUGGCUGCUGUUAUUGCACGCUUGAAAAUAUUCAGCAUCCUGAAGGUGGAGGAUUCUCACGCGGCGGUCAGGGAUUAUUCCUUGAUGAUUGACAGUGAACCUUUUAUGAACACGACAAUGGUCAGUCAUGUGUAUUGAAACUUAAAUUAGAGCUGGAAAAUGCUUGACGCAUGUGUAGUUGCCUUCUGAUAUUUGUGCCUCUGAAUGAAAAUCCGGGCUGUGUUAAGCGAUGUACUGGUUGUAUUCAGAUAUAGUUAAGAGUUUUUGAGCAACUUACAGAUGAUAUAAUAUCAUGGUUUGACUAUUAUUACUCCCCUAUGUCGUCGUCUAAUGCGUCUUUUGGAUGUUUUUUUCCUUUAUGCUGCCAGUAUAGUAACAGUUUCAUCU